AUGGUUCGUAUAAAUCAGAGUUCCGGAUUGGUUCCGUUCGGUGAUCCCAGAUUGUGCGUAUGUGCCCAGGAACAAACGGUUGCCGUACCGCAGGAGUACCCGGAACCGGACGCGACGGAUAGCUACCUUAUCCCGACGCUCGGCCUGCACCAUGGUGCGUUCGUAUUCGCCUACAUCUCCACGUUCCUGUCCUACAUCACGCCGUACGAUCUUCCUGUGGAGCUGCUGCGUGACGCGUUCCACACGAAGGUCUCCUUCCUGCAUCUCAUCCUGGAGGCAUUGAAAGUGGAAUCGGGCUACAUAUGCUUGAUCGCGAUCUUCUUCCUCAUAUCGCUCAUCCCGCUCUGCUACACGAUCGCGUGGGGCUGUGCCAAGGAACCGGACGACGACCUGAACCCGGGCCCGACCGUCGACGCCAUCAUCCAGGCGGAAGAGCUUUCGCUCGAGGAGUCGCUGCACUGUCGCAAGAGCUUCCUUGGCCUCGUGCUGCAAGUGAUCAUUCUCCUGCUGAUCGCCGGCGUUAUAGCGAUGUUCGUGACGAACGAGCAGAUCGCGUCGGCGAUCAAUCAGACACCGGUGGUCGUCCGCUCGUCGCUGCUCGACACGGUCACUUUUCUGCACGACGCCGAAGCGCAGAUACGGUUCGUCGUGCUGGAGGGACUGGCCACGGCCGUCGAGCGGAUGCGAAACGAUCUGGAAAACAUCGACAAGCUGCUGGGGGAGCCGAUCCAGCACCACCUGGCGUUGUUCACCGGGAUCGACAUUAUCUUCGAGUCGAUCAUCGACAUCAGCACCGCCAGCAGUAAUUUGGCGCGCCGGAUCCACCUCCUGCAGGACACGCUGGCCCGGGCGGCCAAGAUAUCGUACGAGGCCGAGUUUCGGCUCGACGAGCUGCAGAUCCAGCUGUCGGUGCUGCAGCGCCAGUGUACGUUCCGUGAUCGGCCCCUCUGCGAUACGCUCAAGAUCAAGAACUUCGAAGACACGGGGCUGAUCGAGAGGAUCCGCCGGCUGCAGACCGACGGCACGCUGGCCAAGCUGAUGUCGAUGGGGGAGGCCGGCCGAAACACCAGUAUGCACGCGCUGACCCACGAGUUAACGCUGGCGAGGUCCACGUUUCGGAACUACGCGACCGAUGUGCGGAACGCGACCGAGGAUACGGCCGGCCGCAUCGAGGAGCGCGUGGAGCAGCUUACGAACGACACGCAGGCCACGGUUGACGUGUUGACGCAGACGGUCGGUGGCCUGGUGGAGAAAGUCAAUCGGACGGCCAACUUUUCCGACUCGUUCUUCGAUCGGUACCGUGAAAUCGGAGCCAUCCUGUGGUUGGCCGGGUUGGCGACUACCAUCAUGACGCUACUCGUAUCGCUGAUCCUGCUCAGUGCCCUAAGCUGUGGUUGUUGCCACGCCGACAGCAAGGCCGGAAUCACGCUGAUCCUGGGGGCGAUUUGCAUCUGCAUCGCUAGCCUGGCCCUGUCCGGGUUCACCAUGAUUGAGAUGCUGCUCGGGGCGCACGGACAGGUCUUCAUCUGCCACCCGCUCUACAACGAGCCGGCCUACACCGUGCUGCAGAAGUUGAUCGACAAACCGGGGCUCAUCUACCCGACCGAACCGCAGUACGGCAUCAUCGGCGAGCUGCUCCGGGAGGCGAGCCCACCGGGUAGCAGGCCUGCGCGGCCGAUCCAGGUGUCACUGUCGAGUGCGCUUAACGAUUGCGAGAAGGGCCGCGGAUCUUUCGCCACCUUCCAACUCGAUGCGCUCGUGAACCUAUCGACGGUCGACCAACGGCGUCAGCGAUCGGGCCUUGACCGGGUGAUCGAUAGUGUGGGCGCCGGCGAGGAACCGUUCCUGGGGUUUACCGUGCGCAUCCAGGCCAUCCUCGAGGACAUGCUGUCCGAUUCGGACCUCAAUCUGACGGGCACGCGCAUGGAGCUAACGCAAGUGUCCCCCGAUAAGGACGUGCUCACGUUCAUCGAUCAGCUACAGCGCGUUUCGGCGCAAAUCCAGGACGUGGCCACGACGAGCCGCAUGACCACGCUCGGGUCGCGGGCCAAGCGACUCCAGCUGUCGCUGCUGGCUCCCCUCGAGCAACUGCGGGGUGAUAUCGUGUACCACCUGACGGCGCUGGAGCUCCAACUGUCACCGUGGGCCACGCAGGUCAACAAGAGCCUGACGCACCUCCGGAACGCGCAGACGUUUCUCGAUGCCGAAGCGGCCGAAGUGUGCUACAACCGGAGCGACACCUACCGGCGGAGGCUCCGGGGCCACCUCGAGGCGUACUACAACCACACGGCCCGCGUCCUGGGCGAUCGGUGCGCCAGCUGUCGGCCGCUGUUCGACAUCUUCGACGCGAUGCGCAUGCUGUUCUGCCACCACAUCAUGGACCCGAUGAACGGGCUGUGGUUCUCGGCCUUCCUCUGCCUGUUCCUGUGGGCCGUCGCGACGCCCCUGUCGCUGAUGCUGUCCUCCACGUACCGACGGCUCGAGCUGCUGGCCAGCAAGCUGCAGCACUCCAGCAGCCAACGGUACGACCCACGAGCCUCGACGCGCGAAGACCAACGGGAGUCAAGCCAAUGGGCCACGCAACGUUCCGUCUCGGUGCACGUUAAUGCGGUGGCCGAAUCGAGCACCGACGACGAUGACGGCGGCGACCGCGACGCCGAAGAGGAGGGCGCCGUGGUGAUCGAGUACAUCGAGCUGAGCUACGCCAACGGCGAUCCGACAAACUACCACGAGAGCCUUAUAUGA